UUUCUGUAUUGGCCUUGUUAUUGAUCCGAAGCUUGCAGUGUUUACCUGUUUUUUUUUUUGUUUUUUUUUUGUUUUUUCUUUACAAAGACGUCAAAUUUUCAUUGGAUGGUUCAGAAAUUAGUUGUAGUGUAACCAAUCACCGUAUUUGAAUAUACAUAAUCAGACAACAUGUGACCGAACGACGCAUAGCUUUAGCGAGUGCACACCACGAAUUUAAUCCAUAGCGGUGGUCGGUUACAAGUGGUAUUAUUUUUGAUAUUUAAAUACGACGAUAAGUUAUAUGUUUUUACUAUAUAGAAACAGAAUAUCAAAAUCCUCUUCUGUGUUACUGGCGUAAGCUGGAUUCACUUUAUGUAUUAUCGGUUUCAUUGUAAGUUUUAAAGUAUGAAAAUAAGUGUUGUGCACACUGCUGUCAAAAUAGUGGCACAUUGUUCGUUCGAGAAGAUAAAUACACUUGUCGAAGCGAGAAGUUUUUUUCAAAUUCAACAGGUCAAUGAUUAAUUGUUGAUGUGUGACAAAGUUGAUCAAUUAGUUUAUAGUGUUAAAGCGCACAUAUUAGUCGGAAGUCUCAAGUAAGCGUCUGAUAAGAGGCUAGAAAAGCAUUGAGAGUGAAAAUUAACGAAUUAUUUCACAUGUUAGAUUAUCGGAAUUCAUCACAAUAGGAAAUUCAUAUAACUCACUUUCAUCUAUAUAAUAAAAUUAUAUAAUACAAUCAAUAUGGAUACUAGUAAUUACAUGAAUGAGGACAGGAUAAAAAGCAGAUAUAAUUGAAAAUAUCUUUAAAAUCAGAUAUAUCAGGGAAUUCUUUUCUUUAAGGUGAGGAGUAUUGUGCAUACGAUACCAUCUAUUAUUUACACAAAUACUGACUGAAUUUUUAAUACAUAAAAACACUUAUAUAAGUAAAUGACUCCAUUUGUUAAAACAUGAAGUUCUAAUCUAUGUUAUGAAAAUGAAGAAAACAAUACUUUUGAAAAUUUCCUUUGUAAUAUUUUUAUGGAUUUUAAUUUACAACUAUUCAAUAAGUCAGCGAAGAAGGCAUAUCAAGGUUACGUUCUUUUCAAAUAUUUUACCAAAAAUCCAAAACCAAUUUGUAAAAAUAUUAAAAAUAGAGUCGAAAUUACCAAGCAGAAGCCGGGAGGUUAUAAGAUACAAUGGACGAAAUAUCGCAACAGAGUUUGAACUCUUUUAUCUGAACGUAUCAGCUAAUAAACUGAUGGACCCUCUUAUUCAGAAACAUGGAUACAGUUCGUUACUUCAUACCGCUACGAAUUGUAAAGAAAAUCAUGUCUUCUUGCUAGUCCUUGUUUAUACAGCUACACACAAAUUCGACGAACGUCAGGUUAUAAGGAAUACAUUUGGAUCUACUUUAAAAUUUGACAAUAAACUUAUUGAAUAUGUCUUUGUCCUUGGACAAACCGCGAAUGAUACUCAACAAAAGGAAAUUGAUCAGGAAAGUGUCAAAUACAGAGACAUUAUACAAGGAAAUUUUGUAGACAGUUACAGCAAUCUAACAUAUAAACGAGUUUUUAGCUUGUUCUGGGUAAAUAGAUUCUGCAACAAUGUGACUUAUGUCAUAAAGAUUGACGAUGAUAUCACUAUCAAUAUUCCGUUUCUUAUUCCAUAUCUUAGCAAUAAACAAAACAAAACCAAGGUUUUAGAAUGUUUUACUGUUAUAGGAGCUAGACCAAAGCGUCGGACUCGCAGUAAAUGGUAUAUGUCUCUGUCUGUAUACCCUUUUGCAACGUUUCCUCCUUAUUGUGCAGGUCCUUCCUCUAUAAUGUCCACUGACGUUAUAAGAGAGAUGUAUGAAGCGACAAACAGUGUGCCUUUUUUGUGGCUAGAAGAUGUCUAUGGUGGUGGAUUUUUACCCUGGAUUUCACGUAUACAAAUAGUUCAGCCGAAAUGUUAUAUAAAAGAUUUGCGCGGAAGUUUGAAUGAUAAGCCGUGCCAUUUAUUUUACAUCAAUAAUAUCAAGAAUGCAAGUCAUCCACAUAUUAUGUGGAAAACUAUAGAAAACUAUACACAAAACGGUCUGUGUAAAUGCAAGUAAGGGAAUGACCAUUUGAUAUUAUGGGUUUUCGGGUAGAAUGAUUGUUUGCAGAUGGACUAUUCAUUUUCAUCUAGUGACACUCAUGCUAAUUUUUUUUUUAGCGGCGUCGAUUUCACUUUUGUACACCAUUGUAACCUGCAUUUUGUGUUGCAGAAUAUUUAUUUUUAUACUGUCUUGUGUAAAGUUAUUUAUUUCAAUGUCUUACUAGGCCAGGAUUUUCAUUUUCAAAACAUAUUAAAUUUUUUAUCACCGUUUUAAUUCAUCUAAAAAUUCAAUAUUUAUUUUGGGAAAUAUUAAAAACCACUGUUAACAGAUAAAACAAUUUAAAAAUAUUGUAUCCGAUCAUCAAUUUCCCAGAAUGAAUCGGAUUAUCUCAAACUAUCAUUUUGCCAGUCUAAUUUGAAACCAGGCUUUUUUCAAUAUGUAACUAAAUAAAAAAGGAAAAAUAUAUCGAACCUUCGACAAUAGAGAAAUAUGGACAUAAACAAAUUUGACUUUGCAUGUUGAAAUACCACCACUUUUCCUGUCUUUUAUGAUGUGAACAUCAGUUACUGUAUCUGUCUAGUGAUAUGCAAGGUAAAAUAUAACUUCUGUCACGAAAUUACCGCGUGUUUAUUUUAUGAGAUAAGGAAUAUUUGAAAUGUUUUAAUCUUAAUAGCCAAGAAUAUCGUUAAUUUUGUAAUCUAUUGUAGGUUGAAAUUUGCUAUUGUUAAAGUAUACUGUUGGUUGUUUAAAUAUUUUUUAAAUCGUGAAUAAUUGAUUUUUGAAAUGUUUUUCAACGAUUACAUUAACGCGCAGUACAUUUCAUUUCUUCAAAAAUUAUUAACUAUUUUUGAAGGUUUUAAUAAAUUUGAUUAUUAAAGGUACAGUAAAUAUACCAAAGGAAUAUUAUAAAACUAUUACGAAAACCUCUAACAGAAAACAGCAUGGUUAAAACAAAAUCAUAAUCAUAGGUUUAAACUUUUUUUUAUUUAUAUUUAUUAUUUGUAAAUAAAUUAUUCAUAUGAAGUA